AUGUUCGCUGACAACAACAAGCUUCGAAACGAUAGCUACGGCUAUCCAGGUGCUCCCGGAGAUGGCCUGCUGUCACUUGUGAACUGCCCUUUCCCUGCUUUCGAAAUUACAUUCUCUUCUUCUUCCGUUUCUUCGACACCGCCACUUUCCUUUGAGAAUCCCUUUGAUGAUAUAAGCAUGGAGCCUUUGCCGCUCAGAUCUCACAACCAAAGGCCAAGUGAGGACUGCCUUUCGUCUUCCACCAUGAAUCCGAACGUACCGACAGCCGAAGCCAACCUGUUGUGCGAGAGUCUGAUUGACAUGCUGCACCCCCUGAUGAUGGAUCUUGUUGGAUCCAAAAGAAGCUCCGAAGAUCUCGUCUCCAACAUAGUGCAAGGCCCAUGCAAGCGCCAACGGACCAGCCAUGUGCAAGAUUUUCCUGGCGAAGAAAGCACAGCUCGCUUUCGCCCAUAUCAAGAGAAACAAUGGCAAGCUCAGUUCCGAAAGCUGGUCCAGUUCAAGCUUGUGAAUGGACACUGCUGUGUUCCUCAUUCCUACUCAUCGGAUCCUAUCCUUGCUCGAUGGGUCAAGAGACAGCGAUAUCAAUACAAGAAGUUUCGCGACUGCGACCCCACCUCCACCAUGACGACCCGCCGCAUUCAGGAGCUUGAAUCCAUCGGAUUUGUAUGGCACUCUCAUGCAUCAGCAUGGCAGGAGAAGGUGAACGAUCUCAUGGCCUUCAAACAAAGAACAGGUCAUUGCAACGUCCCCUCGCAUUAUGCAGAGAAUGCUGCACUGUCCACAUGGGUGAAGUGUCAACGUCGCCAAUACAAACUUUACGUCUCGGGGUCUACAUCUUCGACCAUGACUUUGGAACGAUUCCAACUGUUGAAAUCUUUGGGUUUUGUCUUCGACAUCCAAAAAGCCAGAAAGUUUGCGAAUGCUGGUACCUAUUGA